GGUGCCCGGUCCCAGGUGCAGCUGGUGGAGUCCGGGGGGGAUGUGAAGAAGCCCGGAGACUCUCUGCGCCUCUCCUGCAAAGCCUCCGGCUUCACCUUUGACGACUACUCGAUGAGCUGGGUCCGGCAGGCUCCGGGGAAGGGGCUGGAGUGGGUCGCCGUGAAAGGCCGAUUCACCAUCUCCAGAGACAAUCCCAACAACCUGCUGCACCUGCAAAUGACCGGCCUGAAGCCCGAGGACACCGCCCGCUAUUACUGUGCGAGAGACACAGCGACACGAACCCUGCGGCUGCUCUAUAACCGGUCUGUGUUCCCAGGUGCCCGGUCCCAGGUGCAGCUGGUGGAGUCCGGAGGGGAUGUGAAGAAGCCCGGAGACUCUCUGCGCCUCUCCUGCAAAGCCUCCGGCUUCGCUUUCUCUGACUAUACAAUGGAGUGGAUCCGGGACGUUCCCGGGAAGGGGUUUCAGUGGGUCGGUGGUAUAAACACCGGAUUAGUUGCCGCAUACCAGGAUUCCGUGAAAGGCCGGUUCACUAUCUCCAGGGAGAAUUCCCAGAGCGCGCUGUACCUGCAAAUGACCGGCCUGAAGCCCGAGGACACCGCCCGCUAUCACUGUGCUAGACACAGACACACAGUGACAGGGAACCGGUCUGCGACCGUCCAAAAACCCAGGAUCUAUUCACCCUCCUUUAUCCGGCCCCUGGCUUUCAGACCGGUGCGGGAAAGAUUCAUGGAACCAAUCACUGGCAUCGUGUGA